GUCCCCACGUGGAGUCUUGCUCUUCGUGGAUGAGGCGGAGGCCUUCCUCGCGCAGCGAAGGCAUGGCAACUUUCACCUUCGGGCGGCCGUGUCGUUUUUCCUGACCGAGACGGGUUCCAGCAGCACCCGUCUGCAGCUGAUUCUGGCUACGAACCGCUUCGAGGACCUGGAUGAGGCCGUGCUCAGCCGCCUGCCCUUCAAGAUCAAGUUCGGCGCGCCCAGUGCAGAGCUGCUUCAGCAGCAGUUCGACGACCGCGCUGGCCGCCUUGCGGCCCCGGCUGCCGAGCGGCUGCGGCAGCUCUUGGGCCAGCGAGGCGAGGGUCAGCCCCAUGGCUUGCAGCUGGAGGGCCUCGGCUUUACCGGCCGGGACGUGCAGAGCCUCUUCGAGGAGUUUGGGCGCCGGUGGAGCCUCGAGAAGGCUUCGGGCGGCAAACGCAAGGCCGACCAGGACUGGCUCGAUCGCUGGCUGCAGUACAGGUAG